AUGACGAAGCCGGAAGAAGAAGAGAAGAACGCCGGCGCGGCGGAACACGCGAUGAAGCUGAUUGGGACGCUGGAAAAUUUCGUACCCAGUGCGGAUUUCGACGACUACCUGGAGAGAGCCGAGAAUUUCUUCGAGCUCAACUGCAUUACAGAUGACGAGUUUAAACGGAAGCUGAUCGUCCAUUUUAUUGGCUUGCCCGCGCUGAAGAAGCUGCAGCAGUUGCUGUACCCGAAAACCCACAAGCAGUCGACGUACAAGGAGGUAACCGACAAGCUGAAGUCGUACUUCAGUCCCCAGGAGAACCGGAUCGCCCAGUCCGUGGAGUUCUUCAAGCGAAGCCAGCACGAGUACGAGAAGGUCGCGGAUUUCGCGGUCGAGCUGCAAGCCCUGUCGAAACACUGUGUCUUCGAACAGUUUCUCGACGCAGCCCUGCGCGACAAAUUCAUCGCCGGCCUACGGAACGCCAAAAUCCAGGCCGAGCUGAUGAACAGCCCGGACAACACGAAGUUCGACGAAGCCGUCACGAAAGCCAAGAAUCUGGAGCAAAUCGAGGAGGACCAGCAGAAGAUGAAGGCCAAGGAGCAGUACGCCAACCGAGUCAAUGGCGGAAACACCAACCGACGAAACCGUUCGCAGUCCCGGAAGCCGGAGCAGUCCGAGAGAGGCCAGCGCAGCAGUUCGCGAGGCAGACCCAGCUCGCGAGGAGGACCACGUGGCCGCAAGGAUUUCCGUUGCUACGCUUGCGGAAAGAAGGGCCACAUGGCGCGGUCGUGCUGGAGCAACAAGACGAACGUGGUGAGCCGCAGCGACGACGACAGCGUGGUCGACUCUGACGACGAGGUCAACCACGUGGUGAACGUUCCGCUGUUCAAGAGUGUGAACGACUACCGAGAAAAUUUUGCGCGCUUGAAGCUGCAGAAGUGCGAAGUGAGGUUAAGGGUAAUUUCGGGCACGAUGUUGAACAUUGCGGGGUCAAUACGGGUGAGAGUGAAGUGCGAUGGCCGAUCGUACACGAUGACCUUGAUCGUGAUCGACGGGAAAAGUACGUUCCAUCCGUUGCUCGGGCGAGACUGGUUAGAUGUGCUGUACCCGGAGUGGAGGCAAUUUUUUGAGAACGAGGUCGCAGAAGUCGAUCAAAGUGAGGUUAAGUUGGACAGUACUCGCACCACGUUGCUUUCUAACCUCAACACACGCUAUCACGACUUGUUCACCAAGAAUUUGGAAGAACCAAUCGAGACUUUUGAAGCUAGUGUAGUUCUGAAGGAGAACGCCAGGCCGAUCUUCUACCGGCCGUACGAAGUUCCGUUUGCCCUGAAGGAGAAAGUGUCCAGUGAGCUGGAUAGGUUAGUGCGUGAGAAGAUUUUGGUUCCGGUCAAGCACAGUGAGUGGGCAUCGCCGAUCGUGGUUGUGCCGAAAGCAGACGGGAGUGUACGGAUCUGUAUGGACUGCAAAGUGACCGUGAACAAGGCGAUCUGUACCGAACAUUAUCCUUUGCCUAACAUAAGUGAUGUUUUUGCGAACCUAAGUGGUUACCGGUACUUUGCGAAGAUCGAUCUGCAAGGGGCGUACAUGCAGGUUAGAGUGUCGGAGGAUUCCCAGAAGUAUCUGGUGAUCAACACGCACAAGGGACUUUUUGCCUACCAAAGACUACCCUUCGGGAUCUCCAACGCGGCCUCCGCGUUCCAGUUUAUCAUGACUGAGGGCAUUUUGAAGGGGGUAGAAGGAGUCCAGUGUUAUCUAGACGACAUUUUGUUGGGAAAUGAGACCGUUGAGGGGUUAGUGGACAAAAUUCACGAGGUUCUGGGACGACUAAAAGAGUUCAAGGUCAAGGUGAACCUUGAGAAGAGCGAGUUCUUGGUCAAGAAAAUCGCUUAUCUUGGGCAUCAGGUUUCUGACUGA